AUGAUUUGCAGCUUGAGAUCUUUCUUUCUCCUCCCGAUACUAGGAUCCGCCAACGCCUAUCCCUCAACAACCGGUUGGGCUUCGGAACCCAACGGGCGAGGUACCUUUGGCCUCAUCUGCUCUUGCGUACUCACCUUGACAAUAUGCGUCUGGACGGCCCUCCAUCUCAACGUCCCCGCCAUCCGCUCCACCCUGAGGAGCAGGGCAAUAGAAAGGGGGAAGUGGGUACUCUAUGGCAUCUUCGCCCCUGAGCUUGUCGUGGCGACGGCGGCAGCGCAAUACAUCGUUGCGCGAUGGCUGAAAAGAGAGAUUGAAAAAGACACUGCUUAUCGCCACAGUGCAGGAGUAGCAACAAACAGAACAGAGGGAAGAGAUGGUCAGAUGCCAUCAAGGCACACGUGGGAUAUGACGCAGUGCUUUUACGCCGUCAUGGGCGGCUUUGUUGUCGACUUGCCGUCUGUCGACAACGAAGAUGACGCGUUCAGGAGGGUUACCGUCACACCGGAGGGCCUAAGGCUUCUAUCGUUUAUGGGGAAGCUGCCUGGCAUCCAUGAAUCGCAGAUCCAGGACAAGAGUAAAGCAGACUGGAUGGCCAAGUCUCUCGUCUGCAUCCAGGCCGGAUGGAUGGUCACCCAAGUCAUCGGACGUCUCAUAAGGAAGCUCCCUGUGUCGCUAUUGGAGAUCAACACAUGUGGGCACGUCGCAUGCGCCGUGCUUCUCUACCUGCUUUGGUGGAGCAAACCAUUUGAUGUUAUGGAUCCAACGGUACUGGAGGGGGGCACCAAUAACCUUCUGUCGUUGAUGACAGUCUGCUCAUCCAUAGACGCUAUAAAUGGUGUAACAGACAUUCGGUGCUUCCAGUAUAUGCCAGGACAAGAAUUUACAGGCGAGGGGAGUCAAGACCAGCGCGCUGCCAAGAUCCUCAUCACGACGCAUUUGUCCAUCGGGUCACCCGGCAUCAGAGAGCCUUCCGGAUUUCUUGGGUUUGAUAUAAGCGAUAUUCGACCGCACCUAUCACCCCUAACUGUCGAAAAACACACGCAAAGGGUGCCACGAAGCGCAUACAUGUAUCAUAUUGAUCAGUCCAAACCUACAGUUUCACCCGAGUGUUUACAGACGUACUUCGUGCCGCCGUACAUCAAUCUUAGUUUGCGCCAUAGUAAUCUCUACUGCCGGAGGAUCUUCGCCGACGUUCAGCAGUAUCAGAAGUCUCACAAACACAAACCCGUUAACCCGAUCCGCCUGGCGGAGGCAGCAAAGGCCGCAGACGGCCUCUGGGCAAUGUGUGCUGCCCGCCCGACAUACACACCAUACUACUUUACCUUCGUCCCCACCGUUGGCGUCUUCCUUGGAGAGACGGAAUACAUCGUUUCUCACAUUGUUAACUUCCCGUCCAUCUCCAACCUCGGUCUUGGCCAGGUCAACAUUCACCGCGACGUGCUGCGCUCGGUCCUCGCCCUCACUGCGGCAGCGUACGGCGGGCUUCAUCUCAUAGGCUGGGUCGAUCACUUCCCAACGCAGAUAGAACGGAGGAUGUGGCUCGUCGCGUCUCUGGUCAUUGCGUGCUCCGGAGUUGCUCUAUGGAUCUUUUUCCUCGCGCGGCAGGCCUGGCCGUGGUUCGACGUGUUCGUUUCUGGAGCGGCACCAGGGGCACGACUGACCAGCGCGCGUUACCAGAAGCCAUGGAUGAGGAAGGUGAAACGGUUGGUUCUUGUUUCGAUCAUUGUUGUGUUUGUGGUAGCGAGAGUCUUCUUGGUUGUCGAGGCUUUCCUCAGCCUGAAAGAAGCUCCUUCUGCAUUGCAACUGAUAUGCACUCUGGAUAUAUCUGCUGCCGCCCGUGUAGACGAGGACGAUUUAGCACCUACCAGCAUCAGGGGCAAUGUGUUUCCUCGCUCUUCGAUAACUGCAAUUGGUGUCUGA